AUGAAGGGUAAGAUAGAUGGUCUUUGGAUUGGAAAUUGUGCUGCUCUUAUUAUAAUUGGGAAAGUUCAAAGUUACUAUUCCCUAUUUGCUGAUUUUGUAAGAUUAUGUAAAGACGCACGGGAGAGAACAAUUAGUUAG